AUGGCAACGACUGCACCUACUCUCAGUGAUGUGUACACCUUUUACUCCAUUGACCGCAGAAUUUUCACCCGGCUGGUGAUGUUCCUCACUAGAGAUCCAGCACAAUCUCUCUUGGUCAUGGCCUUUUGGCUGUGUCUUGAAGAUAUGAACUUUGGCUCUUGCAUUACGAGGAAACUUACCAGAUUAUCCAAUCCUACUCUGAAUGAUGUAGCCGAGGAAGCCGUCCAAUGCUUGAACUGUCUCGAACUCGGGACACCCCCUCCGCUUCGCAAUCGCAGCAGAGAACUUCCUCUCACGUCUGUGAUUGUGGAAAAAAGGCUCUCCCUAAGAAUGUUUUAUGAAAACAAGUUCACCAUGAUAUGUGGGAUAAAGGCCUUUCUCAACCAUGUUUGUGCAAAUGCUUUCGCUGACAUCUUAGCGCAAUUCUACCCUUCGCAAGCAAACUUUAAUUAUCCUCUUAUCAUCCCUGGAUUCCCUCACCCCACCUUUGGAUCACUAGCCAUCAUUCCUAGGGCCCCUGAUUAUGUUUUCCCCUGCGAAGGCAUAUGGGGCUGGGGCUUGAACAUCGAGGCACCGGAAGACGAUAGGACUAUUUUCUUAACAUUUUCGCGAGGCUAUCCUGUCACAGAAACUGAAGUUAGAGAACUCUUUGCUUCUUACUAUGGAGAUAACUGUGUGGAAAGCGUCAGCAUGGAGCCAUCACCUGAUUCACCGGAUCAAUCCUUGUAUGCUCGUCUGGUGGUUCGUAACAUUAAAACCAUUGAUCGUGUUCUUGGCAAAGGACCAAUUGCCAAGUUCAAGAUCAAUGGAAAACAUGUCUGGGCGCGAAAAUUUGAACGCCGCGAUUAG